AGGAAUGUUAACAAUGCAGCGAGUGUCCAACUUUGUGCUGCAUUUCUGAUCCUGCCUGGAGGCUGGGGAGAAAAUGGAGGCUCAUUUCAUCAUAUUUACCCCGUUCCUCCGUCUUCACUGAGCUCCUCAGCUCUACCAACGCGCUCAACAACCUGAAAACCGGAUUUUAAAAGUUGGCGUUUGACGGGAUUUACUCUCCAGUCUGAGUUAUUCUUGCUACUUCUCUCACAUGGCACAGAUUGGCAGCAUCAUGGUUUGGCUUCGCGGUACCCUCGUGACCGGCUGCAUUUCCUGGAAUAAGCUGGAACCUGAGCCUUGAAAGCCACACCAUGGAAUGCCUGUAGUACCCCGCUUCACCUUCAUCCACCCCACCAGCAUCAGCAGGAAUCAGAAACACAAAGAGAGACACAAACAAAUAAGGGACACAGAGGAGGAUUCCCAAAUCUGUCCCUCCAAUCUGCUGCUGGAGACUUUAUCUAUUUAGGUCAGCCAGCUUGGGAGGGAUCUUUUUUGGAGGGGACUGAGCGCCAGUUUGUGCGUGUGAGCGUGCGCUCGUGUGUGUGUGUUUCCCUUUUUGAGUAGGUGCCUGCCCUGGGCACUGAGGCCAUGAGGCCCAAGACUUUCCCAGCUGCCCCGUAUGUGGGCAACACACGGCAGAGGCUUCAGGAGAUCAAGGAGGGCCUGAAGCAGCCGGCCAAGCUGGUGAGCCAGGCUCUGCACGGAGGCAGCUCCCGCAACGAGGGCAGCAGAGGGGCCGACUGCAAGGGCGGGAAAGACACGGCCAGCCGGCAGCAGCAGCUCCGACCCCCACAGAAGUUCAACAACUACCAGAAUGCCUUGCGGGAGAUCCGCAAGUCGCUCAUGCCCUUUGCCAACGAGUCAGGCCCGUCUUCGGGGUCGGGACACCCUGCCGGCGCCGGGGAGGUCAACCGGCAGAUGCUGCAGGAGCUGGUCAACGCCGGCUGUGAUCAGGAGAUGGCUGUUCGUGCACUGAAGCAAACAGGAAGCAGGAACAUCGAGGCAGCCUUAGAGUACAUCAGUAAAAUGGGUUACCUUGACCCUCGCAAUGAGCUCAUCGUCCGUGUCAUCAAACAGACUUCACCAGGAAAAGCUGGCAUGCCAAACACAAUGGACCACCGGCCUGCGAUGGAGGCUUCAGGUGAGGCAGGUGCCAUGCCCCCGUACCACCAAAUGGGGGCCCCACUGUAUGAAGGGGCUGGCUAUGGCCCAGAGGGUGAGAUGCCAAGAUCCUACAUGAGUGCUCCCCCUGUUAUGAACUACAUGAUGCCCCCAUCUGGAGGACAACAGGGCCCUGCCAUGGGAAACCCAAUGGGUCGACCUCCCAGUAUGGGCACCUAUCCACCGGUGAUGGCCACCCAGAGCAACCCAGCUAACACCAUGUACCCUCCAGGGGCCCAGCAGAAGGGCUAUCCUGGCACUAUGGAGCAGCAUGGGCCCAUGAUUAGCUACAACGUCCCUGGCCAGCCACUGCAGCUCCAGCCACAGCCACCAGGGGGCCCUGUGCCAGGCCCCCAUUAUGACUAUGGCCAUACCAGGCCUCACAUGAUGGAGCCUACAGGCUAUGGAGUCAAGAGAACCGCCUCCUUCCAGAACAAGAUGGCACCGCCACCCAUGGCACCCCCAGACAACUAUGUCAACAUGCAGGGUAAAGGGCCCAUGGGCCAGAACGGGCCAGGAGGGGGAGGAUAUCCUGCCAACCUCUACCUGCCCCCUCACUCCCACCCACGCCAGGCCAGCCCCACCUCCCACCAGGUCCACAUGAUAUCCCGUUCCCCAGGUGCGGUGGGAAACAUGGGCCCAGACUUCCCCGAUAUUCCCCAGGGCUUGAUGACGCCAUCCAGGGCUAGCCUCAACCUGGACCUGUAUGACCACCACUGGGCAGGGCCUCCAGGCCCUGAAGGAGCUCCGCCAGCCAGGCAACCCCAACCCCAGGGCCCAUUCAGGGGUGAGGUGCGUGUCCCCAGCAGAACCAACUCCUUCAACAGCCGAUCUGCUGGGCCCAACGGCGUUCGGCCUACGAUGGCAGCACCCCCUGCGGCUGGGAAACAGGAUCCCUCAUUGGGCCCUCCAAACACCAUCACAGCUGUGACGUCCCCGCCCAUCCAACAGCCGGUCAAGAGUAUCCGUGUGAUGAGGCCAGAGCCCAAGACAGCUGUGGGCCCAUGCCACCCCGGCUGGAUGACCGCCCAGGCCCCGGACACAGCGGAGCCUCUGGCUUACAUGCCAGAGGAGACCUACUCCCUUGAGCCUGCUCAGGAGCCACGCUGUCCGCCGCCACCCUACCCCAAAAAUCUGUUUAUGUCUGGCGCAGCUGGCGAUACAGGGGCCCUGGAAGGAGCUGGAGCCAUGUGCGGAGGUCAGGACCUCAGCACCUCUGCUGCCAGAAGCACACACAGCGGCAGUGGAGGCAGUGGAAAGGCCGAAGAGAGCCAGCAGGUAAAAGAAAAAACCAAGAUGGGGAAAGGAGAGAAAACGGUGAAAGACAAGAAGCAGAUCCAGACGUCGCCCGUUCCAGUGAGGAAGAAUGGACGCGACGAGGAGAAGAGGGAGUCACGCAUCAAGACCUACUCACCUUUCGCUUUCAAGUUCUACAUGGAGCAGCACAUAGAGAAUGUAAUGAAGACCUACCAGCAGAAACUGAACCGCAGGCUUCAGCUGGAACAAGAGAUGUCCAAGGCUGGUCUGUCGGAAGCAGAGCAGGAGCAGAUGAGGAAGAUGCUGAACCAGAAAGAAUCAAACUACAACAGGCUACGCCGUGCCAAAAUGGACAAAUCCAUGUUUGUCAAAAUCAAGACGCUAGGCAUAGGUGCCUUUGGUGAGGUGUGCUUGACACGUAAGGUGGACACUGGUGCUCUUUAUGCCAUGAAAACACUGCGCAAGAAAGAUGUCCUCAACCGCAACCAGGUGGCCCACGUGAAAGCAGAGCGUGACAUCCUGGCGGAGGCAGACAACGAGUGGGUGGUGCGUCUCUACUACUCCUUCCAGGACCGCGACAGCCUCUACUUUGUCAUGGACUACAUCCCCGGAGGAGACAUGAUGAGCCUUCUCAUCCGAAUGGGCGUCUUCCCCGAACCUCUGGCACGUUUCUACGUGGCAGAGCUGACACUGGCCAUCGAGAGCGUCCACAAGAUGGGCUUUAUCCACCGUGACAUCAAGCCUGACAACAUCCUCAUCGACCUGGACGGACACAUCAAGCUGACUGACUUCGGCCUGUGCACAGGUUUCCGCUGGACACACAACUCCAAGUAUUACCAGAAAGGGAGUCACGUCAGACAGGACAGCAUGGAGCCCAGUGACUUCUGGGAUGAUGUGUCUAACUGUCGCUGCGGUGACCGGCUGAUGACACUAGAGCAGCGUGCCAACCGGCAGCACCAGCGCUGCCUGGCUCACUCUCUGGUGGGAACACCCAACUACAUCGCACCCGAGGUGCUGCUGCGCAAAGGUUACACCCAGCUGUGUGACUGGUGGAGCGUGGGAGUGAUCUUGUUUGAGAUGCUGGUGGGACAGCCACCCUUCCUGGCCCCCACUCCCACCGAGACUCAGAUUAAGGUCAUAAACUGGGAGAGUACACUGCAAGUGCCCGCGCAGGUCAAACUGAGCCCCGAGGCCGUCGACAUCAUCGGCCGCCUCUGCUGUUCGGCGGAGGACCGGCUGGGUGCCAACGGAGCCGGCGAGAUCAAAGCCCACCCCUUCUUCACCCAGAUGGACUUCUCCAGCAAUCUGCGGCAGCAACCGGCCCCCUACCGACCCAAGAUCGCCCACCCGAUGGACACGUCCAACUUUGACCCCGUGGAGGAGGAGGGCGGCCCCGGGGCGUGGAGCGACAGCGGGGACAGCACCCGGGCUUUGGACGCGCUCUGCUCCCCGCACGGGAAGCACCCGGAGCACGCCUUCUACGAGUUCACCUUCCGCAGGUUCUUCGACGACCACGGCUGCCCCUUCCGCUAUCCAAAACCUCUUGAAGUCAGCGAGGUGCCGCCGAGCAUCGUCGGAGCCGGCAGCACUGGCCCGGACGAGGAGGAGGAACAGGAAGAGGAGGAGGAGGAGGAAGAGGACGAUGAGGAGGAGGGAGAGCAGGGGGAGGGAUGUGAGCCGGUCUAUGUCUAGAGCUGCAGAGUGACAGGCCUCCUGAGCGUGCUCGUCACCCAUCUCACGGCCCUCCCACCUAUCACUGCUCUUCUUCUGUGUGUGUCUGUGUGUAGAGGUAUGCAUGAUACACAGGUGUCUCUGUGUGUGUUUACGCAUAUCCGGCAUGUAUGAUGUUACAGAGUGUGAUUGUUAAGUUGCAGGAGCAGGACUGAUGAACAUCGCCACCUUGUGGAAUCUACUGUGUGUCCACAAUGACUUCAAAUACGAGUCUCCCCUCACCUGGGACCAAGAAACAACAUUCUGUAUGUGACUGGCUGCAUCAAGGGUGAAACGUAUGUGGUUAGGAGAGCGAGACUCAGAAACUGCACAGGCUGAAAGGAGAUUGUCAAUAACCUUGGGAACAUAAGGAUGUCUGGAUCACAGAGGAAGUUCAGACAAGAUUUCUAAUCCGAGGACUGCUUCAGGUCCUUCCAGCGGUUUCUUUGUAUCCCAUUCCUUCCACCCUCGGUCUUACAGACGACUGAAACACCAGGAGCUACUUCCUGUCGGACCUGUGCUGCUUUACACUCGAAUAUUGGACACGGCAACGUGAAGAAGAGUGUAACAAGUUUACUCUGAGCGCAGGAGGGAGACUGAAUAAGCAACACGCCUCUUUCACAGCUGCUGCAAAAUAAGCUACAAAAAAAAAAAAAACACACACACACAUGCAUGCACGUGCACACACUCACGCACACACUUCUUCAGUACAGCUCAUGGGGCGAAAAAAGGCAUCAGGUCUCUGCAGGUAGAUGUCAGCGUCCAUAUAUAGAUGUUUUUUUGGCUCAAAGGUUUAGAAAUAGCUGUUCAGUGUCCCUUUAAGCAUUCCGUUCUUAAAAUUUAUUUCUGUAUAUUCACUUUAAAUUUCUGCAUUUGCAGCCGAUCAAAAAAUUAGAAUCAAAUGAACAAAACAAGAUAUAUUUUAUUGGUAUAUCUUCUAUACUCACAGCAGCCUCCUUUUGAUUUUGUGCCAACUUAAGUUCGGCGUAAUGUUUUGAUCCUUCUUCACUCAGAAGCUGCUGCUGCUACAAAUAUUGUGUUGAUAAAAUACUUCCUGUUACUGAUUCUACACACUGAGCCAUUUCAAACAAGCCCACCUGAUUAAACCUUGUGAAAGUUAAUAGAAAUCAGAGCCCACCUCAGACUGGCCUAACACCCCCCCCUCCACCCCCACCCCCACCCACCCCACAGUAGGUCAGAUAAGUCGGUUUCUGACUGAGAAUCAAUGCUCUAACACACACAAACAUACACACACACACACACACAUUCACUAAGAUGCACAGUUUUACAGCUAUCCUGCAAAGAUCAGUCCCACAGUUGCAUUGUAACUAAAGCAGUCUCCUCUCUCUUCUGGAGGCGUGUCACGAAAAAAAAAAAACACAAAGCAACACGUUCUCACAACAGCCAAAACAUGUGAUAGUAUGACUAAGUGCAAUACAAAAAAAAAAUACAUUAUAUAUAGUUUUCUAAACACUUAAUAUCCUUUUGAACGUUUAGUACUGAAACAUGCCAUGUACAAAUAUAUUGGUUUAUAUAUAUAUUUUUUUUCUCUUUUCAGUUACAACAUGCUGCUUAUUAUUGUGGUUAAUAUUAUUUACAUUAUUAUUAUGAUUGUUAUUACAUGUGUACCUGUUUUCGUCAUGGCUUAAAGAAGCUUAAUUGCCAAGUGUGCUUGGGUUUUGAAAGUAACGAGCUGUGUGCUUUUUCUAGUUGAAUGUCGGAGCGUGCGUCGCCACAUGACGACGGGGCGGCAACAGAUAUGAUGAUGAUGAUGAUGAUGAUGAUGAUGAUGAUCAGUGUUUGCAGAACAUCGACGGCAGACUCUUCACCUCCUGCAGCCAGGCUGGUCCUGAAUGCAGGAGGAGGAGGAGGAAGCUGUGAAGGUUCAGGAAGAGGUAGAACGGAGGAGUAGACAGGAGAUAGAUGUAGAAGAAGAGCGAGACAGGUCGGCUUCAGGAAACGUAGUUUGAAGAAAGAAUGAAUAGCUUUCUCUAUUUUACAAAACCGCAAACAAAGAGUUAGUGUUUGGUACAUUUUUUUCUUUUAUUUAUCCGAAAUGACCACAUGUUUGAGUGUUGUUUAACUCUGUUCUUUUUACGACAGACCUGUGCCAUGUUCUGUAUCGGAGCUCUUCAACACGAUCAUUCAGUAUCUUCUUGCUUAUUGACAAUCAGCAAACACUUAAGUGCUCUCUCUGUGUCGAACUGAACAGUUUGGUGGAUUCACACCGAACUCUUCCAACAGUAUUCUGAAUUAGACUUAAUGACUGGGAAUGCUAAAGAAGUCAGAACUAUAUUAUUCUUUGAUGCAUAACUGGCAGGAUGAUAAUGUAUGGAUCAGAUUUGUUACAGAAGUUUUUUUGUUUGUUUGUUGUUGUUUUUUUUUUUGUUUUUUUUGCUUGACAAUUUAUUGAAAGUUUGUUUUUUACUGUAAAUGUGCCUUGUGUUCUAAAGUGAGCAGCACAAUCUUAAAGACUGCCUUCUUAUUAUCUCCUCUUUUUCACAGACCUCUUUUAUAUCUCAUUACUCUCGAUCUGGGGAAGUGGACAGAGCGCACUCUGUUUCACAUUCACACUGACUGUGUUUACAUGUAGCAACAAGCUUCAUAUAAUUGUAGUCAAGAACUUCAGUAGAAGUAGAUGAGUCAGAGAUAGAGGGAAUGAGACUCCAGAUGGAUUUUCCCAUUGAGUCACGUAGAGACUAUUUUGUUACUGUAACAGAAUUUAUUUCCUGUUGCAACACAGUAUCUUCUGAAACGGUAACAAGGUUUUCACAGCUGUACAAUGUGACAACUCAUGUUUGAAUUGAUUAAACUGCUGGUGUUAUUGGGUCGGAGCAGAUCAUUCAAAUUUUAAAUUUCCUAUCACAGAUUGAUAGAUUUAUUGCAUGGAUACCAAAAAUGUGAAAUGAAUCACAGUGAGAUAUGAAAGUAAGGAAGUGAAAGACUCAAACCAGUAUGUAAACACAGCCAGUGACGCCUACGAGCUGCCCGGUUAAAAUAGUCCUCUACUGAGCAGCACCACUGGAUCCAGCAGAGGUGAAGUGCCUCGCUCGAGGGCAUCAUAACUGGGAUUGCUAAAGUAGGCUGGUGUUGCUCUGUCACUCAUCCCCAUCCAGUUUUCUAUCAGCCGGUCCAGACGCCUGUAAAGACGUCCUUCCACUUUUCUAAACCUCUCGUCGAAUUCACAUCGACCAGGACAGACUGCUCCUUUAAAAAAAAAAAAAAAGCUUU